AAACAUUAGAAAGUUAUAAUUAAGCCUUUUUUUUAAAAAUGUCACAUAACCCGUUCACGUUAAAAAAAAAAUGAGCGCGAUAUUAUAUUUCCAUGACCGCACAAAUACCCGUGACUAUUCCGUGUCAAAGACAACAGUUACAAACUAACGUAAAAGAAAUGAUAUAAAAAGUAUUAAUGUUUACGUAUAAUGAUAGAACACAAAAAUUUUUUGCAUCUCUAUUAUUUAUGUUAUGUAACUAAGAAUUACAGGUUUUAUGUCAUGACCUUCACCACUUCGCUUCUAAGUGAAGGUUGCAGAGCACUGAAAGUGAAAAACCAGCUGAACUGACACAGAACAGAAUAGGAAUGAAAGCCAAAUGUAUCGUUUGAAUUGGAGAAUAACGGAUUCAAGCGUAUAUUGACAUGUUCUAAGUUUUGAAGUCCUAUUUUUUUUUAAAAAAUUUUGUUGAUUCAAACUUAUCUUUAAAGUUUUCAAGAUGGAUAACAUUAAAUUCACACAAAACCAAACGGGUGAAAUGACGGCGAUGAUUGUUCUCAGUCAGGACUAUGGAUACGUCAUUAUUGUUGGUGUUCUUUCAAUGUUAUUUGCCUGGACUCUAGGAGCUGUUGUCUUCAGGGCAAGAAAAACGUAUAAAAUCGAAUAUCCAACAAUGUACAGUGACACAAAUAUGAAGUUUAACUGCAUGCAGAGAGUGCAUGGAAAUUAUCUUGAAAGUUUUCCUACCUUUUUGGGGCUACUGUUUUGUGGUGGACUAGCACAUCCUUUCUAUUGCGCUAUUGCUGGCCUUGUGUAUUUACUUGGAAGGCUUGUCUAUUCCAUUGGUUAUAGUACUGGAGAUCCCAAGAAAAGAUUAUUUGGCCUGUUUUCAUACUGCGGUCUACUUUUCCUGCUGUACAGCACACUUAAAUUUGCAGUUAGGUUAUUGGGGUGGCUUUAAGCGAUUUCAUUCGAAGUCGUGAAGAAAAAUCUAACUUUCUUUCAUUCAUACUUGAUAUUUAUUUUUAUUUCGUUUUUUUUCUUUCUAUAAUAUGAUGUUUACGUGUUUCCAUUGCAUUUACCAUAUGCAAAGCGAUAAAUUAUCAUUAGCCAGCUCACUAUUAGCGACCAAAAAGCUGGCGUAACAUAAUUUGAUUCUAGAGUAACGGAAUUUGACUUUGUAACAGUGCAAUAGAGUUUAACUCUUGUGUAAUUGAAUUUUGACGAUAUUGUAACAGAGUUUUCUCUAGAAUACCAGGGUCUGAGACUUAACAGAUUUUGACGCAAAGGCAGCAAUCGAUAGAUAAUAUUAGUAUUUUAGUGCCAAAAGACAUAGCUAUAGAAUCACGAGGUGUUAAAAGCGUCGAAAUAUUUCAGAUGUUUUCUUAUUUCAAAGACUUUUAAUAUUUAUGUAUAUGAUGUUAAAACCUUAUACCAAUAUUAUUUAAGGCUAUUAUUGUAAUUAUAUUUUGCAAUAAAUAUGUUUCCAUUUUUCAACUUAGGUAAAAUACUAAUAUACGUUACAGGGUUGCGCGAUUUUGAAAAAUGCCGCCAACGCCGAAAUGACGCGUUGACGCUUGUCGUCAAACUGUUGCGAAUGCCUGAAAUGACGUUUUUACGAUUGUGUCCAGGAGUUGGCGUAGGUAAAAACAUAGAAUGUCGUAUCCUGAAAAUGGUAAAUGCAUAAACUUAACCUGGAAAAGAGUAUGUAAAAAAAAUCAGAAAUGCAUAAACCAAUAAAAGACAAGCAUUCCCGAAUUUCAAAUAUUGAAAAAUUAUACAAGUCAGUAAUGCAUCUUUAAGCUUACAUAUUCACCCUCACGAAUUAUCAACCGUAAAAUCAUACCACAAAUUGAAAAAAAGAAAUGCAAAAUGGCUGAAAAGCAAUAACCCAUCGAAUCUCCUCAAAUAUAACUACAGAUUGCAAACUUAAUUGCCCUCCCCAUCUCCAAUGUCGCAAAAUACACCAUAUAACGUACACUAAGAUUUAAGCCUCAGUUUCUACAUACUAUGUUAAUUUUGGUCAUUACAAAGUUCUUUAUACUACACUUGUUCAUGUUUAAAAAAUUGUUAAAAUUUUUUCGUGAAAAUAGUGGCGAGCAAACCUUUUAGUUUCGUAUUAGUACCUUUAGAACAGAAAUUUUGAGCUCUGCCAUUCACAUAUACGUUGUAAUGUUUUUAAUUUUUACAUGUUAAUAAAUUUCUUUUACUUUCA